UUGAAGAACAUGCGCGACACCCCUAUAUGAGGUUCCGCGCCCAUUUGGUGCUUAUAAAACGUCUCAUCUACUCAUUUUGUUUUACUUUUACACUAAACUCGGCCGCCGACUAUUCAUAAAAGAUAUACUUUAAAAUGGCUACACAAAUGGGAUUCAUAUCUUACGGAGUAAUUUUGACAUUUACAGUCUUAACUGUGUUAUUGCCAAUACUAACCACAGGAAACGUCAUAGAUCAAAGAGUACUGCAGAGAGAACUUGGAGAAAAUUCUCCUGAAAUAAUGUCGAUGGGUGACAAAGAUGAUUUCCGCGAAAUUGAAGAACCUUCCGUCGAUGAUUAUACUAUAAAAAAUAAGAGUGAUGAUCAGAACCUCGAGAUUGCACUGAUCGACUAUCUGUUUACCAAACAAAUGAUAAACAAAAUCCGCGCCCGGACGGAUUCGUAUCGCGCACAGAAGAAGAGAAGUUAUUGGAAGCAAUGCGCUUUCAACGCGGUGUCGUGCUUUGGUUAAGUUUAACGUGUGUACGCAAUGUCCACAUAUCUAAUAUUAUUCAACAUAAAAUAUAAUUUACGGCAGGAUAUUAGCCCUUAACAUAAUAAUAAAAUAAUAAUAUAAAAUGCUUUUUAAUAUUCAACUA